AUGUUGUGCCCAGAGGCAGAGGAUACUCUGGCAGAUGAGGACCUGAUUGACUUUCUCCUGAACAAUGAUGCUCCCUGCCCUGAAAUCACAGAGCAGGAGAAUAGUCUUCUGGAAGACUGGACCGUGCUGGAGCCUGAGUUCCUGGAUAAAGAGAUGGAUGACUUCAUCAGCUCCCUGCUGAGCCCCUUCGAAGAUGAUCCAGGCACAUUGCAGAAUUCUUCACCUGCUGACAGUGACAGUGGGGUCUCUGAGGAUCAACACCUGUCCCAUAGUCCUGGCAGUGAUCUUGCUGGCAGCACAAACAUUGUGCAUGCUGAUCACAACUAUUCCCUUCAUCAGGACUGGCCUGUGCUGGAAAGUGUGAGGUCUGAAAUGUCAGAAGGAGAUGUUUCCAUUGAUGUUGAGGUGUGGAAGGAUUUAGAAGGCACAAGCAAGGCACUGGAACAGAGCUACAGUUUACCCAUUGCUGUUGCUGUGGAUGCUGGACCCCAGCUUGUUGCUGCAGCCUUUGUACAGUCCGACUUUCCAGAGCUGGUCCUGACAGAGGAGGAGAAGCAGCUCCUGAAGAAAGAAGGUGUUUCAUUACCAACCUGCCUGCCACUGACCAAAGCUGAGGAGCGGCUCCUGAAGAAAGUCCGUCGCAAGAUUCGGAACAAGCAGUCAGCCCAGGAUAGUCGCCGCAGGAAGAAGAUCUAUGUGGACAAUCUGGAAAACAGGGUGGCCGCCUGCACAGCUCAGAACCACGAGUUGGUGAAGAAGGUGCAGCUGCUGCAGGAGCAAAACAUGUCCCUGCUCAAGCAGCUGCGGAAGCUGCAGGCCUUUGUGAGCAGGUCCACCACCAAAACUACUACAGGGAAAACCUGCAUCAUGGUUGUGUUUCUGUCCUUCUGCCUCAUUCUAUCCCCCAGCAUCUGCUUGUUUGGGAACAGAGAGACACAGCCAGAGCUCAGAGUGCUGUCGCGGCAGAUCCGUGAGCUACCAAACCAGGCAGCACCUGAGGUGCAAGUGAAAACUGCACUGGAGGGGCUCAGCCCAGAGCCUGAAGACCCGUUGCUGUCAAGCAGCCUCAAUCAAUCAUGGGAAGAGGGGCUGAGUCCACUCAACCCCGAUGCCAGAUCUUCUUUCAACAGCAACUCAUCCUUUGACCCUCCGGAGGCAGCAGACUCCAAGCUGGGCCCUUCCCAGCCUCAGGAGCAGGGCUCCCAGAGGAACCCUUUGCAGCCUGAUGUGCCAGUGGUGUGGAAAGCCAAAAGGCAGGAGUGGGUGGAACGUGCUGCUAGAGUUGUCAUCCAGCAGCACCAUAGCGAUGAGAUGUGA